GUUCUAUUCAUUUAUCGCAAUCAUUCGUUAAUGGGUAAUCGCCGGCAGCAGUACGUAACAGUAUCGUCCGUGCAAAUCGCUUCAUAAAAGAGCAAAAGAAUGGCGUCUGCCACUCUGACGCUCGUUGUGGGGGCGUUAGCCAUAUUGGUGGUCCACUUGAUAAACAAAUACAGUUUUUGGAAGAGACACGGAGUACCGACUGCGAAGGGAUUGGUACCGACGUUUGGUCACGUAUGGCCAGUAGUGAGUUUAAAGACUAGUAUAUCGGAUGUGAUUCGCAGAAUCUACAAUGAAGCUAAUAAUAGCAGUAUGGUUGGAUACUACAAAGUUACAACUCCAGUAUUAAUAGUUCGUGAACCACAAUUAGUGAAGACCAUGUUGCAGACUAAUCUUCCAAGUUUCCACGAGAAUGGGUUGAAAAUCGAUCCUGACCUAGAUCCUCUAGCAUCCAAGAAUCCAUUCUUCAAUUACGGCGAGGUGUGGAUGGCCGCGAGAAAACGAUUGACGUACGCGUUCUCCGGUAUGAGAUUGAAAAUCCUUUUCGGGGCUGUGGCCGGAGUGUGCAAGAAACUCGAGGACUUUCUGGACAAACAUCUGAAGUCGGAGAAGACGUUCGAAGUCGAGCUGAAGUCUUUGUUUUCGAGAUACACGGGCGAAGUUGUCGCGAAUGCUGGCUUAGGCAUCGAGGGUCACUGUUUCGAGGAUAAACCGCAUCCGGGAUCCUUCGACGAGAUGGGCAAACUUAUGGUCCAGCCGAAUUUAGCGACCGGAUUUGUGGUUAUGAUUUUCUUCUUCAUGCCUGUGCUCGGUAAAAUUCUUAGGGUUCCCUUUGUGCCGAGAAAGUUGGACAGAUUUAUAAGACACGUUAUCGCGGAGAAUAUGAAGAUUAGACGAGAAUCGCAGACACCGAGGAACGAUUUCCUUCAAACGAUGAUCGAACUCGAGAAGGACGAAGGGAAAAAAAUGAACCAAGAAAUUCUCACGGCUGACGCGCUUUCAUUCUUUGUCGACGGAUACGAAACGUCCAGCAUCACGCUCAGUUUCGUCGGUUAUCAAUUGGCGGUUCAUCAGGACAUCCAAGAGAAGCUGAGGGACGAAGUUACGUCCACGAUUGCCAAACACGGCGGUACCUUGACCUACGACAGCCUAAAAGAAAUGACUUACAUGGAUCAAGUGAUGAGCGAGUCGCAGAGAACGUAUCCAGCUGUGGGCUUCCUUACCAAGCUGUGUACCCAAGAAUUCGAGUUCGAAGGAUCGGAUGGUCUGCGUUGCCGAGUAAAGCCUGGAACAGAGGUCAUUGUACCUAUUCAUGCACUGCACCUAGAUCCCAAGUACUGGACCGACCCGGAAGUAUUCGAUCCAGAACGAUUUGACAGCGUCAGGAAGCAGAGCAUCGAGAAAAUGACCUUUUUACCUUUCGGGGAGGGUCCAAGGAUGUGCGUUGGCAUGAGAAUGGCAGUUUUGCAGAUGAAGGCUUGCGUGGCAACUUUGCUGCGUGGCUACAAACUCGAGCUGUCGCCGAAAACGCAGCUUCCUUUACGGUUAUCGUCAGCUCAUUUUCUAUCUUCCCCAGUCGGUGGCUUGUGGGUGAAGAUUUCAAAAAUUUAACAACCAAGGUCUGCAAAAAUAGUAAUAUGUACUUUAAACUCAAUCUCAAUUUACUGAGACAAAGAAACAAACGAAUGACGUAACAUAAGGAAAACAACUCUGAACUAAUACUACGUUAUGUGCUUAUAUAAUAAUAAUUUAAAGU